UUUGUUUCUUCAGUUUUCGUAGACUUGUGUUGGUUGUUGUCUUGUGAGGCUUCGUUCGUCCGAAUUGAGUAAUUUUUCGGCGGUUAGUGAAUUAGUAUAAUAAAACCACACAAUGGCUUUAUAUCGUGCAACUGCUUCCAAACUUUGUGAAUUGAAUCAGGUUUUACCUGCCUUUUCAUCAAUGAUUCGUAAUCUAAGCGAUUCGACCGACUUGAAAGCCAUAUUAGUGGAGAAAAUUCCAAAAGAACAAGAACGCGUCAAAAGUUUCCGUAAAGAAUUCGGAAACAAAGUCGUAGGCGAAGUUACCGUUGAUAUGAUGUACGGUGGUAUGCGCGGUAUCAAAGGUUUGGUGUGCGAAACUUCAGUAUUAGAUCCGGAAGAAGGUAUCCGUUUCCGUGGAUAUUCUAUUCCAGAAUGCCAAAAAUUAUUGCCUAAGGCCAAAGGUGGCGAAGAACCUUUACCAGAAGGUCUUUUCUGGUUAUUGGUAACUGGCGACAUUCCGAACGAAGCCCAAGUCAAAGCUCUAUCUCAAGAAUUCGCCAACAGAGCAUCUCUGCCAUCUCACGUUGUCACAAUGUUGAACAACUUCCCGACGAAUUUACAUCCAAUGUCGCAGCUCAGCAGUGCCAUCACUGCUCUGAAUUCAGAGAGCAAAUUCGCUAAAGCGUACUCCGAAGGUGUACACAAGUCGAAGUAUUGGGAAUACAUAUACGAAGACAGUAUAGAUCUGAUAGCCAAGUUACCGGUGGUAGCUGCCACCAUAUACCGUAAUACCUAUCACGACGGUAAAGGUAUCGGUGCCAUUGAUACCGAUAAGGACUGGAGCGCUAACUUCUCCCAAAUGUUGGGUUUCGAAAGCCACGAAUUUACCGAACUGAUGAGAUUAUAUUUGACCAUUCACAGUGAUCACGAAGGUGGUAAUGUAUCAGCCCACACUGUACAUUUGGUCGGUUCGGCUCUGUCCGACCCAUACCUGUCGUUUGCCGCCGGUAUGAAUGGUUUGGCUGGACCUUUACACGGAUUGGCUAAUCAAGAAGUAUUAGUAUGGUUGAAAAAAUUACAACAAGAAAUCGGAGCCGAUCCUAGUGACGAUAAAUUGAAAGAAUUCAUCUGGAAGACGUUGAAGAGCGGUCAAGUUGUGCCCGGAUACGGACACGCCGUAUUGAGAAAAACCGAUCCACGAUACACUUGCCAAAGAGAAUUCGCCCAAAAACAUCUGCCCAACGAUCCGUUAUUCAAGCUCGUGUCUCAAGUAUACAAAGUUGUUCCUCCCAUCUUGAUUGAAACUGGCAAAGUCAAGAACCCGUGGCCCAACGUAGAUGCCCACUCUGGUGUUUUAUUACAGUAUUAUGGAUUGAAAGAAAUGAACUACUACACCGUAUUAUUCGGCGUAUCUCGUGCCUUGGGUGUAUUAGCAUCUUUGAUCUGGGACCGAGCUCUCGGCUUACCCAUCGAACGCCCCAAAUCCAUGUCGACCGAUGGAUUAAUCAAGUCCGUCAAAGGACCUGCCAAAGCGGCCUAAUUAUUUCUCCAGUCCUUCCAAAUGUCAUGUCCUGUCCCCAAACUCCCCUCCCCCUCCCCCCAGUCCUUAUUCCUCCUUUAUAUUUUAAUUGUCAUAGAUGAAGUAAACUAUUAUCGCUUUUGACAGAUGUCGAUGUCGAGUACCUCUGUGGUAGAAUGGUCGUAUCUUAUAUGCAUCUCAUAGAAUGAUAGAUAGCGAUGUAACAUGUGUAUUCGCCCUUUGCCCAUUUACCCCUUCCAGUGUCGAUUUCCUUUAAUUUAUUUAUACUAUACGUACGUUUUAUUACGUUAUCUUCAUAUUUACCUCAUUGUUUUCGUGUUUUCUUAGUUACCCUCUGUCCCCCUCUAACCCUCGCCCUGCUAUGUAAAGUAUGUACGAUAGAAACAAUUUGAAAAUUUCUACUUUGAAUAUUAUUUGUUCCCCUCGAAUUCUUUUCUUUUCUUUUUUUUUUUAAACGAAAUUUAUGUUACGUAGACUAAUUACAAAAUGAAAAUUUUUUUUGUACAUAUCCCCGAGAAUUUUAUUCUAAGUUGAUUAACGAUUUGUGUGUAUUGUACAUACGAUAGUUUAAUUUUAUGUACUUAUUUAUCGUCUGUGUAUCGUGCUGCCCACCUCAUGUCAUAAUAAGCCUACUGAUUGUCGAAAGAUAUUUAUUUAAAUGUGGUAAAUAUGAAUUAGUUCCGUUGCUUUCAUUGUUGUGAUAGUAUUAAGUCACAUUGAGCGGUAAACUUCUUCAAAUAAAUUAUUUUCGAGGAAA